AUGAAAGUGGCUGGCACAGACGCCACAAAACAAUUUGAUGAUUUCCAUACCUUGGGCACACUAGAAAAAUAUUCUUCUAAAUUAUUUAUUGGUAAAAUCGGCUCUGGGCAAAUUGAAGAAAUAAAUCAAGAAGCACCGUCAGGUGAAGGAUCAUUUGGUGAUCUCGUACCGUUUGGUGACCCAUAUUGGUAUCAAGAUUUUUAUAGUCCGUAUUAUAAUGAUUCUCAUCGUCGUGUACGAGCUGCUGUGAGAAAAUUCGUCGAGGUUGAAAUUAUGCCUUACGUUCAUGAAUGGGAUGAAGCUAAAAAAAUUCCUAAAGAAUUAUUUGUAAAAGCUGCCAAAGCAGGUAUUGUGACUGGUUUCGUAGGAGCUCCAUGGCCAAAAGAUUACACUGACAUUUUACCUAUUGGAGGAAUCAAAGCCGAAGAAUUUGAUAAUUUCACAGAAUUUAUUGUUGGUGAUGAAUUGUGUCGUUGUGGAUCUGGUGGUGUUCUUUCUUAUAUCGGUAGCGGAUUGAGUAUCGGGCUUCCGCCAAUUUUGAAUUUUGGAAGUGAGGAACUUAAGAGGAGAAUCGCACCAGAAUGUCUUAAUGGACAAAAGAUUAUUUGUCUUGCUGUUUCAGAACCUCAUGCAGGAUCUGAUGUAACAAAUCUCGAAACUAAGGCGAUGUUAACUGAUGAUGGAGAUUAUUACAUAGUAAAUGGAGAGAAAAAAUGGAUAACCAAUGGUAUGUCUGCUGAUUAUUUUACCACAGCAGUUCGUACUAGUAGAGGAAUUUCUCUUCUUUUAAUUGAAAGAACCAUGCCAGGUAUUAAAACACAUGAAAUGCAAUGUUCUGGUGUAUGGUCAUCAGGCAUUGCUUAUGUCACAUUCGAAGACGUAAAGGUUCCAAGAAAUAACAUCAUUGGCGAAGAAAAUCCUACAAGAUUUGCACGUGUUUGUUAUGAAGAGGCAAUGAAAUACGCACACAAACGUAAAACUUUUGGACAAAAACUUAUUAAUCAUGCAGUAAUCCGUAAUAAACUUGCACACAUGGCAAGACAAAUAGAAGCCACACAUGCUUGGAUCGAAAGUUUACUUUAUCAACAAAAUCAACUACCAAGUGAUAAAACAAUGGAAAGACUUGAAGGACCAAUUGCUUUAUUGAAAGCUCAAUCAACACAAACGUUUGAAUAUUGUGCUCGUGAAGCAGUACAAAUUUUUGGUGGUUUAUCAUAUACUCGUGGAGGUCAAGGUGAAAAGGUUGAACGACUUUAUCGUGAAGUGCGUGCGUACGCUAUUCAGGGUGGCUCAGAAGAAAUUAUGCUUGAUUUUGGAGUUAGACAUUCUUUAAAAGUUGCAAAUUUAUAUGAUUCAAAUAUAAUAGCAUCUUGCAAUAGUGGUAAUCUGCCAUCCAUUGAAAAUUAUCUUGCAGAAUGGGGAAAAAUGUCUAUUGGAUGUUUUAAUGAUGGAAAUAAAAUUAAUGAAGCUGUUAUUAGACUGGUUGGAAACGGGAAAGAUUACGAAUGGAAGGGUUAA